UCGGAUUGCCUUCGGCACUAUCAAGCCUGCCGUAUAACCAGGCUGCCAGCUGCCCCAGACUAGUUUUCAGCUGCGCCAGCUGGCCACCAACUCGCCACUUUUAACAUCAACAAUUGAUUCCGUACAUCCAUAAUGCCUUUUUCAUAAACGUUACAUACGCAGAAUAGAUGGAGAAAGUUGGAGUUGCACUGUGGAGUUGAAUCCACCUGGAGAGCUGGACAUGGCUAAAAUCGCGGCCAGUGAUGGUAUGGCUAGGAUAAACGUGGAGGGCUCUCCGUCUUUGGGAUUUCCCCGCCAUUGGCAUUCAACAUGAGGAGUAAUUUGGAGUAAGUCUUCUAAUUCCGCGUUGUUACACUUAGUGGCGGAGAACUAUAGUAUGUCCAGACAGCAAAGAGACGAACCAAUCUUGGCAACAUCACGGUCUGCGGCAUACCACAUCGUCAGCGGCGUCUACCCAGCGCGGAAUUUGUGUUCUAGUAUUGUUCAACCAUUUUAGAUGACCGGCAAGCCAUUUCCUAUCCAUUAACAUGUUAAAUGGUCACGAGCGCCUUCUGCACCGGCUAUUGUCAAAACGGUCUUCGUCUUCCGCGUGUCCAAUUGGCCUUCGGGGUAGUUAAUCCCGGAGGGCUGGUUGGUGGCGCAUCUAGGGCCUCGCCUAGUGCCGAUACUCGGUCUCGGCUGAAAAAGCGUUGAAAUCCUAGUCAACUUCUCUUCGCCUGUAUGCUCAAGGUGCGGAAUUCGUAGUUCUCAAAGAACAAAAGGCGAAUUUUUAGAACCUUACAACUCCUCUAUCAUCUCAUCACGAACGAACAAGGCGAAUUUUCACGAACUUCGUAUUCAGUCUUGGUGGACGUGGCGAGCGAUGACGUCAAUUUCUUCCGCGGUCGACCUGCGUGGUCUGCAGACCGAAAAUAGAAACCCAGCUACGGUUGAUAUUGACAGACUAGAUACUGAGGAGCUCUGCAAACUGCUCCAUGAGCAGGAUUGUACAGUUCCCGCCGCUGUUGAGCCUUGUUUGCCCACCAUUGCGGCCGCCAUUGACGCGCUGGCUGACCGCGUGAGGCGUGGAGGGCGCAUCUUCUACAUCGGGGCUGGCACCAGUGGGCGACUCGGUGUAUUGGACGCAUCCGAAAUUCCGCCAACAUACUCAGCUCCAGCUGGCCAGUUUGUGGGCUUAAUUGCUGGAGGAGACUAUGCGCUUCGAAAUGCGAAAGAGGGUGCCGAAGACGACAAAGAUGCGGCCAAGGUUGAUCUUGAUGAGCAUAAUAUUAAUGGUGAACUUGAUUCGCUCAUCGGCAUCGCGUCUUCGGGAAGAACACCUUAUGUGCAGGGUGGGCUUGAGUACGCAAAAUCCAUCGGCUGCCCUACUGUAGGUGUCGUUUGUGUUAGUCCAUCAGCCAUUGGGAAGGAUGGAUAUACUGAUUAUCUCAUUGCUGCUGUGACGGGCCCAGAAUCUGUCACGGGCAGCACAAGAAUGAAGGCUGGCACGGCGACAAAAUUGGUGCUCAACAUGAUAAGCACAGGCGUCAUGAUUAAGAUGGGGAAAACCUACGGUAAUCUUAUGGUUGACUUGAAAGCAACCAAUUUGAAACUUAAGGAAAGAUCCCGAACAAUAUUGCGUGCCAUUGGCGGCGAUGCCUGCACCCAAUCAAAUGACGAGCUCGACCGGAUUCUUGACGCUUGUCACGGAAGCACCAAAUUGGCUGCCGUGACAAUAGUUCUAAAGUGCACUGUGGAGGAAGCGGAAGAACGUCUUAAAAAUAGUAACGGCGUUUUGGCACAAGUCUUUGAUUUCGCACAAGCGGAAAACAAGGUGUCCACCACUGAGAAACUUGUGCUUUGCGUCGAUGCAGGCGGCAGCUCUUGCAAAGCUCAAUUCUUAGGCGAGAGCUGUGCCAUUGGCCGUGGCUCCUCUGGACCAAGCAACCUGUCUACCAUGGGUGUGAAUGCGGCGGUCCGUGCAGUGUCCGAAGCCGUACAGGAAGCAAUUGAUUCUUGUCAAUUCACUAAAGGCAAUCGCGUACGCGAUAUUGAAUUUUCUAAAAUCUGGAUUGCAAUGGCGGGAUAUGACAGACCUUCCUUGGCCUCUGAAGCGAAUGACCAGCUUGCGAUUUUGUUCCGUUCCACACCACGUGCGAAUAUCAAGAUAACGACGGAUAUCGAUCUUCUCCCUGUUCAAGCUUAUUGGAAGAAAGAUCUGGAAAAGAUUAUUGCACUAGUAUCUGGAACCGGAUCUAUUGCUAUGCUAUAUGAAAAAAGGGGCACCGAAUGGACACGGACAGCCCGAGUAGGUGGAUGGGGUCAUCUGCUCGGCGAUGACGGAUCAGGUUAUGCUAUUGGGCGAGACGCUCUGCGAUGGGCUUUGGAAGAGCUGGAUUUAUACCGUCUACAAAAUUACAGUGAUGGCCAGCCCCAGCUAAGCGUCUUGACAAGGGCUAUCGUCGAACACUUUGAGCCAGCGACUUCGAGCUCAACACCAUUUGACCUAUUGAGUGCGAUCCUGACAGGGGGUGCUGGUACUCCUCAGUCCGGAAGUAAUGACUCGCAAACUGCUUCCAAAAUUGCAUCGGUGGCAAAAGUUGUACUGAAUCUAUCCCACAGUAACGAUGCUGCUCGGCGCAUUGUUUACAACGGCGCCGCAAGUCUAGCCCGUCUUGUUGAACUACUUAUGCAAAGUGACAACAUCCCGAUGAGUAAGACUGGAUUGGUUCUAUCCGGGGGAUUGUUACAGAACGAGGACUAUAGAGCAGAGGUUGUUCAAGCUGUCGUAGCCCAAACAGGACAGCCGAGGAUUAUUGAGGUUGUUACCAACGCAGUCCAGGAUGGCGUCUAUUACCUACUUCCACAAAAGGAGUUUAGUACUACUCAUUAACAAAAAAUGACGUCGCUUGUAUGUCUGAUUUCACUCUCACCAACACCCUACUAAUGGUGUCGACCUUUUGCAACUUGCCAAUACCCCGGCUUCGGAAGUACAAGCCGUUUAAUUCCCCGGCAUACAGCACUGCCACCGUUACAAUGGCUUCGGCUUCUCACGGACAGGCGGCUUGCAACGUUGAAUUCUGUGGCAGGCAGGCAGUGGGACCCGAUGCUCUGGCCCCCCGAAUCGAAUCUAACACCAGUGCCGGUGUGCGCCAUCGCGGCUAGUUCCAAUUAGGGAGCUGCGAGGCAAACUCAGAUGAGAUGCGGCUGCAGCCAUAAAAAAGAGAGGGCUUGAAAGUCUACAUCAUUUGAGCCGCAUAUCAACAUUACUGUGGAUGGCGACCAGAAACCUACAUCGCGUCUUCCUAUUUUAUUUUACAGUCUGCCAAGUGGUCCAUACCCCAUGGGCUGCUGAAUCUUGGAGAAUGGAGACAUCAGGGGAAAAUGGUAACGUUGACUCUAGGGCUUGCUUGGCCCGCGCUUUUACUGGUCAUGGCAUUACAUGCUCUCCACAGGAACAAUGCGGGACGGAUAGACUAGACCGACCGUGGCAAGGCACUCUAAGGCUCAAAUGUAAGAAUUUCACAGCCAAGUUGUUUUAUAAUUAAAUAUUGCUUAUACCGUACUCUGCUACAUAACCUAG